UGGUGAGCACAUUACAAGUCACCGUCACGUGAACUUCCUAUUCACCCGGACGCUACGCUCACUCCGAGUCCUUGGAACCAGGAUGGAGAAGUAUAGUGCCUACAGAGAUCCAGGGACAGGCAUUCAAGUUCAGUAGUCGUUCAAUCCGUGUCUUUCUGGUCGUUAAAGACAUCCUUGCAGCCCUUUCUUACACCAGUACCUCCCCCACAAGCUGGAAAUAAACUUCUGUUCACGGCCUGGUAUCCAUUUGGGGUCAUGCUAGCUGCUAUUAGAACUCUCCUGGUUCUCGUUUCUACCGCGGCGUAUAUUUUUAUUGCUCAUGGAGUGCUGUCCAUCUUUCUAAUUGCACCACCAGUUCACCGGUUGUUGUCCAAAAUCGUCACGUCCCUCAUUUCUCGGCUCAUACUUUUCGUAAUUGGGUAUUUUUGGAUCCCAGUGGAGGUUAUUUCGCGGAAGCGUAGCCGCGGAAAUACCUCUCAGGCAUGGAGUCCACGCGCUGGCGACGUUAUUGUUUCCAAUUGGGCCUCUGUUGUGGAGAUCUUAUGGCUGGCGUUUCGCUUCAAUCCAAUAUUCGUUCUUCCUGUACCGGAAACUCCUGUUUCACAUGCUCCAAAUACUCAAUUGACUCCAAUAGCUCAUACACCGGGCAGACGGACAGGCACGGGGUCUGCCAAUAUAGCCUCCACUACCAGAACGGCAUCUGCACAGAUACCCAUUAUCGGGUUUCAAACGGUUUCUUUACUGACUAUGGUUAGGCAGACCGGUUUGGUUCCUCCAUUUCCGUCUCUCACGGGCCAUCAACCGUGUAGUUUAGAAGACAUUCGUCGGACAGCACCUCGCCCCCUCGUCGUCUUUCCUGAGUGUACCUCGAGUAACGGCAGAGGUCUUCUUCGAUUUGCUGAUGUCUUCAAACGCUCUACACCAGUGGCAGAAUUUACUGUAUUUAUUAUGUGUGUUCGAUACGACCCACCUACAACAUUCUCACCAACUCCGACGCUCUCCGUACCAUCACCGUCUUUUAAUCCAUUGCCACAUUUGUUUUCGUUGACUACCUCCAUCACUGUUCCCCAAAUUUCCAUCCGACUGCUGUCGCCAGCUGAAUCACCCAGCUCACCGCUGUUUGUUGCAAGCGAGGUGAUUGGAGACAUGUCGUCAAAGCAGGACCUAUUAACAGAGGCAUGUGCGGUCUUAAUCGCUCAGACAGGUAAACUAAAGAGGAUGUCCAUGGGUUGGGAGGAUAAGGCACGCUUCCUGGACUUUUAUCGAGGUAAACGUACAUGUGAAGAGUACGCAAGAAAGACAAAAUAG